AGCCUGUUCCAAACGGAACAAACGUACUAAAAAAAAAAAAAAUUGAUUUCUUUUUUAUUUUUACCUGUUGUUUGAAAUGUUUUUAAACAACUUGUUUACAAUAUUUUUUAUCUACUCUAUAAUUAAUACUUUGAAACUUAACACGAACAUAUUUUUACAACUUUUUCUCUACAUACCUUUAAAUUUAUCUGGAAAUUUUAGCUAAAAUAUUCAAAUGAAAUCAUGGAGUUGGAAGAUGAUAUUUUAGAUACAUCUCUAUUAAAACUCGAUGGAGAUUUCAAUGCACAAGUGGACUACAUAUUACGGAAUGUAAGAUUGUCACGAGCUGAAGUGGAAAAUUUAAGAUGGCUCUUUUCAGACUUGGAACAAACCUUACAGAGGGCUUGGCCUGGUUGUCUUGUUAUGCCAUUUGGCUCUAUAGUGACAGGUCUUGGGAUAAAAACCAGUGAUGCUGAUUGCUACGUCUCUAUACCAAAUCACCUCCAAGUACCUGGUGAUAAAUAUGUAAUGCAGGCUAAGUACACACUGAUGAAGUAUUCAUCAAAUUUCAGAGAACUGUUUGCGAUAACAGAAGCCAAAGUGCCGAUUGUGAAAUGCUAUCAUGUACCUACAAAUUGUCACUGUGAUGUUAGUUUUACAUCAAUCUCGGGAAUAAGAAAUAGUCAACUGAUAAGUUUGCUAUUACAUACAGAUACAAAGACACUUCCUCUUGCUGUAUUAAUAAAAUAUUGGUCAAAAGUGCAUGACCUUACAGGUACUAAUAAGUUACCUAAUUAUACAUUGACCAUGAUGGUCAUAUUUUACUUGCAACAAUUAAAAGUUUUACCCUCUGUUAUACAACUUCAAACAAAUAAAGAGACAAUUAUGGUUGAUGGCUGGAACACAAGUUUCAAUUGGGACUUAAAUUUUGAAUCCACUAAUAAUAUGUCUCUGUAUAAACUUUUGGGAGGUUUCUUUGAAUAUUAUAACAAUUUUGAUUUUAAACAAAACAUAGUGUCGCCAUAUUUGGGAACUCCUUUAAGCGUGGAGUCAUUUAAAGAGAUUAGAACUGUUCCAAAACAAUUUGUCCUAUACAAACAGAAUGUGAUAAAUGGAGUGUGUAAACCAUUUAAUGUAAAGGCGACAAUAUGCAUACAAGAUCCGUUUGAUCAUAGUAGGAAUACCUCUGGAGGCGUUUAUCGAAGAAUGGCAGACAGUUUCUUAUCACAAUUAAAAUAUGCAGCUGUAGUGUACAAAGAGUGUAGUGAAAAUAAAUUUCUUGAAGCAAUUUUAGUAAAAAAAUUAAACAUUUCACACCCAAUAGGUAACAAUAUGAAUACUGUAAAUAUGAAGAGACCUAGUAAAAUAAGGAAACGAAAUAAAAAGAAUAAGCAUGUUCACAACAACAUCCAGUCUGUAUAUAUAGAAAUGAAUAAGUUAAUGAAAAAUAAUAGAAGAUAGAAAAGAAGAUAUUUAGAUACAAAAGUAUACAGUAAUCCCCCCUUUAACACGGUAGAUUCGUUCCGUGUUAUAGGAAACCGAGUUGGAGUAUUCUCAUAUAACGUCCUUCUGUGACUCCGUAUAACACGUUAUGUACAAAUAAUUCAUGUUUAGCUUUUCUCGUUAAGAGGGGUUCAAAUCGAAUAUUAAGAAAAAACCAUGUUAUGAACGAAAUAUGUGCGUUUUAUUAAAAUCAAACUAAGAACAUUUUAAAUAAAAAAAUUAUGCAUAUGUAACUAAAAAACAGUUAAUUUCAAAUAAAUUAACAAUUUUAUUGCAUCUUUACUCACUUUCAGAGCUAUCUGAAAUAACGUUCAAUCCACAUCUUUUUUUUUAAUAUAAUGUUCAAUCCCCGCGUUAUAUGGGGGAAUACCCGUGUUAUAUGAUUACUGUAUUUUACAGAUCUUUAAAUCUAAAGGCGAAUCAAUAAAACAAAAUUAUGCAA